AUGAUAAAAUUAGCUUAUGCAUGUCUUGUGUGUGAGAAGAAUUUAUUUGAUGAAUGGGCUAAGUCUCAUCCAAGUAUAAAGGGAGUGUAUGGGAAAGUUUUUCCUCAUUUGGACGCAUUGGUUGAAAUAUUUGCUGAAGAUAGAGCAAAUGGUAAAGGAGCUGCUUCUUUAGCUGAAGAGUUGGAAGAGAUAGAUAAAGAAGAUGAGCAAGAAAGGGAGAACGAAACAAAACAGGAAACUGAACAAGAACAAAGUAACCAAUCUGGAUCAGUGGACGAAGCCAAUAACAGUAAUGAUAAAGGUAGGAGGAGGAAGAGGGUUAGAUCAUCUUCUUUGGAUGUUGUAUCUGGUGAAUCAAGUGGUGAUUCGAAUGGUCUUAAUCUGAUGGCUAAUUCUUUCAGCAAGUUUGUAUCAGGCACUCUUUCACAUUUUGAAGCAAUUCGUAGUACAUUGGCCCAAGAAUCAGACACCAACAAACAGUUGUUUGAGGAGUUACAGAAGAUUGAUGGUCUUACUGAUGAUGAUGUGAUAGAUGCUGCUUCGAUUAUACUUGAUUCAUCUACGAAGACCAAAAUGUUUUUCGGGAUGGAAGAAGGGAAGAGGGCUCACUAUGUGAAGAAUAGAAUACUCAAGUAG